AUGCCGUGCCGACUCUACCAGGCCCUGAAUUUUGGCACACCCGUUAAAUUCAUUUCGGGGCUCUCCUUGGCCCACAAUUCGGUUGACGUCACGCAGAGCGAUGAGUAUUUUCGGAACGUCCACGUGCUCUUUAGUAUACCAUUUCCAUCGGCGAGUUCACUGCGCUAUUGGAACACCAUUAAACCGACCUCUAACAAGGAGCGAGGGAGCGGGAUAGAGCGGGCGAGGGGGCGGGGUGAGCGUGCGAGCGUCGUUCGACCACGUGGUAUAAAUAGUCGCAUGCGCAGGUCCGCGCGCGCCGCUUCGCGCCAAAUCGGGAGACGCCAAUGGCCGAUAGACGCUAGGCACAACGACCGCCACCACGAUGUAUUCGCAACAAAUGCAAAUAUUACUGAAGCC